AUGGACAAUUAUUUCCAAAGUGUUGUUUUCUUCGCUCUCUUCGUUUGCUUCAUUUUACAAGCUGUAAAUAUGGCCUCAGCGGGUGAAUCUUUAAAAAUCAAAGGCGACGCAAUCAUCGGCGGUCUCGUAGCGGUACACGAGAAAGGAAGAGGGGACGCGUGCGUCUCGCCGAACCUUCAAGGUAUCUUGACUGUCGAAGCUAUUCUGUUUGCCUUAAAAGAAAUAAAUAGCAAAAAACAUUUCAAACUGAAAUCGACCUUGGGAUGCGAGAUAUGGGACACAUGCCCACGGCCUGAGAUGGCCGCAAUGGAUUUAGUAGUGAACACGAAUAGACCGGAGGACCAACUCCUUGUGGCAGCCGUGGGCGAUCUCCCACAGCAGCGACCGGAAUACCACCGGGCCUUGCUGCUUCUGUUCAGCAGUUUAACGCCACACAUGAGCUGCAUCUCUUCAACGUUCCAAGCUGAGAAUAAGCUGGACCUAAUAACCGAAACCAAGUUUAUUUUUCACCCCACCACAAGAGACAAGACCAAUUUACAAGCGAUUGUUGAUUUGGCUGCGCAUUAUAACUGGACUUACGUUGGCAUUGUUUACGAUGACAGCGCUGAAGGAAAAUAUAGAGCGGACAUUUUACAGCAAGAGGCUAACAAAAAGAUGGUAUGCACCGCAUGGAAAUACUCGCUAGCAGCCAACUCGAGCGCUGCACAAAUCCAGCAAUUCAUUACGUCUUUAAAGGCGGAGAAAAAUUUUUCAGUCAUUGUAAUGCUAACGUCGAAGAGUAUAUUCAAGGACAUUAUUGACGAGGCGUUCAUGCAGAAAGUAAGCGAUCUUACGUGGGUGGUUAGCGAUGCGUCCUGGGAUAACGAGGCAACCUUUGCAAAUGAAAAUACCGCUGCUCAAGGGAUGUUAAAGGUUGGCACCUCAGCAUCGAUCGUCGGGUUUAAAGCUUUUUUACAAGACCUUCUCACUACUCCGGAACGAAACAAAUGGAUCAUGCAGAUUGUGGCCACACCAAGUCCACUGUCUGCUUCUCCUGGUGAUACAUCUACCGUAAUGACAACAAGCACACCAACCCAGGCACAGGCCCCUAGCUCUGUUCAAUCGAACGCUUCUUCCAAUACUAACGCGACCACGAACGUCCCUAACACAACUCUUUCCUCCUCAACAGCCCCUCCUUCCACACCUAAUGCUCCCACUACGUCCCAGUGCAGCAAUCCGCCCUGUAAUGUCAACAAGACUAAGUUGGAGGAGAUUGUAAACAAGUUGAAGUCUAUGGCAGACAUUGCAACUUGCACCAUCGACUCAAUUUUUGCAGUGGCGCAUGCGCUAGCUGCCAGGGAAAAGUGCAAGAGCAAUUGUCCGGAAAAACACGAUUUUUACAAAUAUAUUCAGCAUGUGAAUUUUGAAAGCCUCAGUGGUCACCAGAUCAGUUUCAAUAGCCAGAGGAACUUGAAUCAAACAAAGUGCAAGAUCUCGAUUCUUCAAAAAACUUCAAAUAGUUCUGCGGUUACGGAUGCCGAGAAGUCUAAACUUCAGCCAUUUGACGUGGGAACCUGGGAGAAAUCUGGAACAGACUCUCCCAAACUGAAUCCUCCAAGACCCUCAAAGAACAUCAAAUGGAACACGAACGGGAACGAGGCACCGACGUCUGUUUGCCACGAGCCCUGCAAACCUGGAUCAUAUAAAGCAUUUAAAGAAACCCGAGGAGAACGCGAGUGUUGCUGGCACUGUUUAAAUUGCGAGGAAAAUUCUGUGAGCCGGAAGGAAGACUCAACAACUUGCACAGCCUGUCCAACUGGUUACACUGCCAAUAAUGCAAAGGACGACUGUGUUAAACAAUUUGAAGACUAUGCGUACUGGAGCGAUGCUGGCAGUCUUGUGAUGCUGUUCUUGAUGGUAGCCAGUAUCUGUUUCAGUAUUUACGUUGCGGUGGUGCUAUUCAAGAACAGAGAAACACCGGUCAUGCGCCGAGCUAAGAAUGCCCUUUUGAUCUUGUUGCCGCUGGUAAUUUUGCUCUUCCUAAUUCCUAUCCCUCUUCUUAGCAAGCCCACCGAAACCUCAUGCGAGGGAUACCGCGGCUUCUUCAUUCUGGCACUUGGCAUUCCUUUGGCUGCCUUGAUAUCUAAAUGCGUUUAUGUUGACAAUAAGUUCUAUGACUCUGACGGUCAAGUUAAAGAAAGUUGGGGUAACUGCAUAUGUACCCCGCGCAUAGCCGUUGCUAUAGGAACAGUCAUUCUCCACGUGGCAGUAAUAAUUGUCCUAGCGGUGCUACUACCGAACGAGAUCGUGCGAUUCCCAACGGACGACCCUUUUACUGUCUAUAUUGAGUGCUCCUUACACAGUGGCUGGGGCUUCUUAUUUGUCAUAUUCUACAUCAUGGUGAUGGCGACACUGUACUCUGUCCUAUCCCUGAGUGAGGAGAUUUCCCCGGAGAAUGACAUGGAAGUGCGGUGGACGUCUUUAUGUAUUUUUAACUGGUACGCAAUCUGUUUCGUUUACAUCGUCGUCGGCCAUGGUGUGGUCGGGAAGGGGAAGAUCUGGGGCUUAGCUUUCGUGGAUUUGCUGUUCGCUGUUAAUAUUCUGGUAUGUAUCUACCUCCCCAAAUGGUACGUCAUCGUGUUUCAGCCAGAGAAAAAUCAAUCGGACGUUUCACCCUGGACCAUGUAUGUGAAGACGCAGGAAAAAGCUGCGGUGCGCCUCUCAGAAGAGGAGUCACCUGUCAUACCAAAGCGAGGUAACCUGGCCAGUACAGCCAAGGAGACUGAUGGGAAGGUCAAGGACAGCGGAGACCCGAAUGAAAAUGAGUUACAAGAACUUAUAAGUGACACAGACGUGUGA